UGGAAUUUUGACGCAAUUUGCAAAUGGCCGUGAGGAGGACUGUGCCCGGGAUAAGGUGUAUGAAAAGCUAAUGGUGGUAGAGUCCGUGUUAAAAACUUGUGAUUAAUUCUUGAUUCAGUGUGGUGUUGUUGUACAGAUACAAAAUGUGCCAAAAAGUGAGAAUCCAGUCUUAAUGGUGAUAUAGGAAGCGCCCUGAAACCGCUGGAGGGACGAUCGAAGUUAUAUUGCUGACGGAAGGGUCGGUGCAGUGCGCGGUUUAGGCGUCGGGAGCAGGUCAAGAAAGCAGAACCAACGGAUACACAGCCAUGAAUGAGCUUGACAGUUUACGUCAGGAGGCAGAGACCCUCAAAAAUGCCAUUAGGGACGCGCGUAAGGCGGCAUGCGACACUUCGCUGUCGCAGGCGACCGCCAACCUCGAGCCCAUCGGGCGCAUCCAGAUGCGCACGCGACGCACGCUGCGCGGCCACCUCGCCAAGAUCUACGCCAUGCACUGGGGCAGCGAUUCCAGGAACCUGGUGUCCGCCUCCCAAGACGGCAAGCUGAUAGUAUGGGACAGCCACACCACCAACAAGGUGCACGCGAUCCCGCUGCGCUCGUCCUGGGUGAUGACCUGCGCUUACGCGCCCUCCGGCUCGUACGUGGCCUGCGGCGGGCUCGACAACAUCUGCUCCAUCUACAGCCUGAAGACCCGCGAAGGCAACGUGCGCGUGUCUCGCGAGCUGCCCGGCCACUCCGGCUACCUGUCGUGCUGCCGGUUCCUCGACGACAACCAGAUCCUCACCAGCUCGGGCGAUAUGACCUGCGCCCUGUGGGACAUCGAGACCGGGCAGCAGUGCGGGCAGUUCACCGGCCACACCGGCGACGUCAUGUCGCUGUCGCUGGCGCCCGACCAGCGCACCUUCGUGUCCGGCGCCUGCGACGCCUCCGCCAAGCUGUGGGACAUCCGCGACUGCCAGUGCAAGCAGACCUUCCCGGGCCACGAGAGCGACAUCAACGCCGUCACGUUCUUCCCGUCCGGGUUCGCGUUCGCGACGGGCUCGGACGACGCGACGUGCCGCAUGUUCGACAUCCGCGCCGACCAGGAGCUGGCCAUGUACUCGCACGACAACAUCAUCUGCGGCAUCACGUCCGUGGCCUUCUCCAAGUCCGGCCGCCUGCUGCUCGCCGGCUACGACGACUUCAACUGCAACGUGUGGGACUCCAUGAAGAGCGAGCGUGCCGGCAUCCUGGCCGGGCACGACAACCGCGUGUCCUGCCUCGGCGUGACGGAGAACGGCAUGGCCGUGGCCACCGGCUCGUGGGACUCCUUCCUGCGCAUCUGGAACUAGGCGCCCCCGCCCCCCGGCCCCCCGGCCCGCCGCACCACAACCUCUCUCAUUAUACACAGCGCCCUGGCCCACGUGGCCGAACGUAGCCGUAGUAGUCUAUAUCUGCGUUAGGCCUGAUUUCUUUGGACAUAUAAUCUAUCGUAAACUAUAUUUGCUGCUUUAGCUAAUACCUAAAGUUGCAAACCUCUCAACUUCUUUGAGGAGAGGUUUGCAAUUUUUGCCGAUCGAUCAGUAAUAAGUCUAGAAAAUAUACGUGCCGUCUAGGAUAGUCGAAACGAUCGUGCCGUAUAAUCGAUAUCGAAUAGCAUCAGCCAAGAUGGCCUAUUAUAUCGUAACACAUCUUUAUUACCAUAUAAAUAAGGAUGUGUUUCGUUAUUUGGUCACUUAAGCCAUUCUGUUGAUGCUGACUAUACUGUGCUCUAUAUUUUGUAACUGACUUGUCAAGCGACAACAUUUCGCAAACAGACCUACCGCACCACCUGUCAAAUUCGUACGAAUUUAUCUUAGACUUUAAACAUACACAAUCAAUGCCUUUUUGGAUAUAUUUAUGACGAAGUGUUUCAACAUCAUGGUGUUUUUUUUUUGGUUGUCUGGUACUACCAAACCACCAGACACAUUUCAAUUGUCAUUUUGGCAAAAAUAUGUCCAAUGACAUCACUUGGACAAACAUGUGCAAUGACAUUACACUUGAUCAAAAAUAUGUCCAAUGACAUUACACUUCGGUAAAAAUAUGUCCAAUGACAUUACACUUCGGUAAAAAUAUGUCCAAUGACAUUACACUUCGGUAAAAAUAUGUCCAAUGACAUUACACUUCGGUAAAAAUAUGUCCAAUGACAUUACACUUCGGCAAAAAUAUGUCCAAUGACAUUACACUUCGGCAAAAAUAUGUCCAAUGACAUUACACUUCGGCAAAAAUAUGUCCAAUGACAUUACACUUCGGCAAAAAUAUGUCCAAUUACAUUAUACUUCGGCAAAAAUAUAUCCAAUGACAUUACACUUCAUAUCCAAUGACAUUAACACUUCGGCAAAAUAUGUCCAAUUACAUUACACUUCGGCAAAAAUAUGUCCAAUGAAAUUCGGUUGAAAUAUCCGUGAUAUUGACCCAUAUAAAAAAUGCCAAUCGAUACUUAAUGCAUAGAAAUAAUCACGUAAAUUUUCGUGACAUGCCUAUUGCAUUUUUACUUUUCGGUUGGCAUUUGUCGACACACGAUUGUCAUGGCUAUGGCCCCAGAUGUACAUUUAUUUUUUGUUUUUCUUGCUUAAAAUGCAGGCAGUUGAAAAAAAGUAUCUUUCAGUCGUCACAUUUCAUACUGUUUGACAGAUAAUACCUCGCUCUUUUUAAACCUUUAAACGGCAAUGAACCUUGUCGCAAUGCACGAAAGUUGAUAUUGGGCUGUACGUUUUUGUUCCUGUUCUUAAAUUUCGAGCUAUGCCAAGGACUGUAAGAAAAACAAAAAAAAAAAGUACAUUAUAUGGAAAGCGAUGCGCGCAGGUUAAAAAAAACCAACGCACUUGAUAAGCGCACCGUGUUUACUUUGCUUAAUUUAUUUUAAAAAGUAGACGAUAAUUUCUAACAAUGAAAGCAUUUAAACUACGAUAGAAAGUGUAGUUUAUGAGUGGCUGUGUGUGUGUCUCUAUGGUUCACCGUUUACGAUAUACAUUUAUAUAUAUGUAAUGUAAUUAUAUGAUUAUAUAGCGUAGCAUUGCGAAGCCUUGAGGACGGCACCGCUGCUGAGAAUAUGUUUCUGUAUAACGGUAAGUAUUCGUUUGAAAUUAUAACUAUAGGGUGUUUUCUUUUAAAAAUUACCUUUUUAAUUUAAUCUUCUAAAGGAAUAUACAGUGUGUAAAUCCAAUACGGGCGAUAAAUUAAACCAGAUAUAGAAUUUGUCCGUAAUUAUUUUUUGAAUUUUUACCGAACAGCUAUUACGAGACAUCACGAGAUACGAGCUUUUUAUAGUAACUGCCAACAAGCGUUGAUAGUUUUAAUAAAUCGUAUGUCGUAAUCUUUGCUUUAAAAAGCUUGUAAAUUGUGUUGCUUUACAUUGCAGGCCGAAUGAUUUUGUAUGGUUAAUAUUUGAAUUGUAUUUCUAAGCAAAAUUUAUCUUAAUAUAAUUCUUAGGUCCUAAGCUAACCGUUAAAAUAUUCGCGCGUAUUGAAUUUACACACUGUAUACAAAUAGUUUGAAGAAAAAGUUGGGUUUUUCUUAUGAAACUUUCUCUCCUUGUCAAAAUCUAUAGUAAAAAAAGGCAAAUAGUUUUCUUAAUUUGGAAAAAGGUAUUUUGGAAGAAAACGCCUAUUUUAAGAACUAUCAGGGUUUGAUAUUGUAACACUUAUAAUCCAGUGAGACCCUCAAACAGUUAAUUUAAUGUAUUCGUAAGUUUUUACUCCGAAUCCAAAUAACCCCCACAAUAGAAUGGUGAAGCUGAAAACCUCCACUGCUCUGUCACCGGUCUCACAUACUAGUUGUAUCACCCUGAUUCGUCUGUAGCUUUACGAGGUGUCAUAAAAGCUUAAAGCUGGGUAAUUUAUGUGAAAAUUGUCGUUGUAUUAACAUUUGUAUUUGAAAUUUUAUUGGUUUAUGUUCGUUACGCCCUUAGAAUUAUUUGUCUUUAAUAUAAAGAAACAAAUAUCGGGUAAUAUAACUUAUCUACACACAUAUUAUAAGCUGUCGAUGAUGUGUUCAGGAACAGAUUAUUACGGCGGCAUUUCAUCACACAAUUUGCAAUAGAUAUUGCUUUCGAAUAAAAACGUCAUCUCGACCGUUCUGGCCUAGUGGGUGACCCUGCCUAUGAAGCCGAUGGUUUUGGCUUCGAAUCCGGUAAGGGCAUUUCUUUGUGUGAUGAGCACAGAUAUUUGUUCCUGAGUCAUAGGUGUUUUCUAUGUUUUUAAUUAUUUAUACAUUAUAUAUAUCGUAUAAAUACUUGAGCUUACUCUGGGGCUUAGUAAAUUUGUGUAAUAAUGUCCUAUAAUAUUUAUUUAUUUAUCUCGACUGAUACUAUACUAAUACAAAUUGUAUAUUUGACAAAAAUAAACAAUUUGUGUUUGUAUACUAAUAUAUACUAGAGAUGAAUUUACACAUAUAAGAAAUGUGUUGUAACAAAACAGUUUAUCUGUAUGUUGGCCGUAAUAUGCGGUUUUUAGGCGCAUCAUAUCGGGUUAUAUAUGUGGGGGAGGAGCAUAUGUGUGUAGAUAAAAAAAGGGAUGAUAAUAUAUGUUUGUGUUAGAAUGAAUAACUGUCAGUCGUUACGCAUUUCUUCAAUCAAUAGACGAAUUAAAACUAAUAUUAAUUUGAUUAAUAUCUAUUCUUUACAGAUCAAUCGCACAACAUCAAUCGUACAAGUUCUAAAAACUAUUUAAAGAACCAAAUAUUAUGAUUAAUCAGUGGUAGAGUUGAUUGUCUUCCGUCUCUUUCGUAAGACAUCUGUCUCGCUCGGACGAUUAUCAACUGACCACAUAUAUCUAUGUGUAAUUUAUUGAAUGAAGAUUAUUUCACUGUGGAUGCUAAGUUAUAAUUUUAAUAUGUAAUUGUAUGGAUAAGUCACACGUUUUAAUGUAUAAAUAAAUGGAGAUUCCUUUUUAUAGAUCUCUCAUGGAUCAAAAAAUUAUUGAUAAUUUCAUUUUUCAUCAAUUUUGAAAUGACGCGGCGUUCAUUUAGAUGUUUCAGUAAUUUUUUCUACUGAAUUUUGAAGGUAGAUUCAUGAAUGCCGUGUCGUUUUAAAACAAUAAGAUAUUAUUUUAUAUUUCCAAAAUAACUUGUAAAACAUUGUAUUACACUAUGACAUAAUGCAAUAUAUUAAUUUAUCAAUGUCACUUACGGUUAUUUUUUAUAUCUCACUAAACGGAAAAAUGGCGAUUUAGAGAAUGGCAUAUAAUAUAUAGUGUUGUCUAAAAUAUCCAUUAUUAAUCCUAUUGAGUAUCAAAAUACUAAUAUAUUUACUGACAUCAUGAUGGUCUAAAAGGAACUUUAAUGCAUUCGUGUAAAGUUUAUAUUCCUUUAACAUUUUUAUCGACCAACGUGUCAUAAUUUAUAAGGAAUAAGUAAAUUCUUUUCUACGCCGUUUAAAAUUUCGAUGCCAUAAUAAUCAAAACAGGUUAUAAUUAUAAAUAAUAAUUACUUAAUCAUUCUAAAUAUUAUAUCAUAUAAACUAUUAUAAAAAUACACCUGUCAAUAGUUCUAAUUUUGAUACGAGACACUGCAACAGUACUUAUUUUGGGACGCACAGAGACUGAGGCAUGCCUUGAAGGACGAGGUUUUACGAGUCGUACAAAACGACGAGGGAAGCAAGCCACUGGGCGUGGCUUAUUUUAAUGUGUCGUUUAGUCCCCCAUAACCAUCUUUUUCUAAAUCCGGUUACUUUCUAACGUCCUACAUCUCGGGUUCGCCCAGUCGUUCAUUUUUCUAAGAUAAGCUAGAUAUAGGAAUUAAAUUUAAGAUCCCAAGCAUUUUGUAACUUGAAACAUUCUGUUGCUUCAAAAUUGUCAAUAUUUCAGUUAGCAGUUACUUUGCAGUAUUUUUUAGCACAAAGUUAAGGCUUUUAUUUUUAUUUAUGGAUGGUUGUUGCUCUUCUGUUAUUUAUAUCCUCUUGAGGACAGCCAUAUAAACCUAGGUUUUUUAAAAUAAUUAGGCUCAAUUUCUCUUCUAAAUCCAAAUUAAUAUAGCAGCUUUUAUAAUGUCGAUUUGACUACCGUAAAACUACACAGCUAUAGUCCAAUACUGCAACUAUGGUCCACAAGUUCGAAAGGAAAUUAAGUACCUAUACCAAUGUUCCUUGUGGUUUACUCCUAGUUUUACCUUCCAUUUAUAAACAUACUUUGCCUUAGAACUACAAAAAUAUAGUAAAAUACACACCUGAAUGAGAAAAAUUGAGUUUAUUUGUGGACCAUAGUUGGGAGCUUUGGACUAUAGUUGGGGGGUUUUACGGUAACGUUAAAAGUGAAUAUAUAAAAAACCAUGGGCUUGAAUCCCGGCAAGGGCAUUUAUUCGUGCGAUGAACACAGAUAUUAGUUCCUGAGUCAUGAGCGUUUUCUAUGUAUAUAAGUAUGUAUUUAUCUAUACAAGUAUGUAUAUCUUCGCCUAGGACCUUGCUUAAUUUGGGGCUAGGUUGAUCUGUCUAAGAUGUCCCCUAAUAAAAAAAUGUGCACAGUGGCCACGUUAUAAGCGGUGGUGGCCGAGUGGAUAUGACGUCCGACUUUCAAUCCGGAGGUCGUGGGUUCAAAUCCUGGCUCGUACCAAUGAGUUUUUCGGAACUUAUGUACGAAAUAUCAUUUGAUAUUUACCACUAGCUUUUCGGUGAAGGAAAACAUCGUGAGGAAACCUGCAUACAUCUGCGAAGAAAUUCAAAGGUGUAUGUGAAGUCCCCAAUCCGCAUUGGGCUAGCGUGGGGACUAUAGCCCGAGCCCUCUCGCGCAUGAGAGGAGGCCUGUGCCCAGCAGUGGGACGUAUAUAGGCUGAAUUAUUAUUAUUAUUAUUAGUGGCCACGUUUCACCGCGUUACAAACCGAUUUUUUUACGAGCGAUGUUUUUACGGACUCAAGAGGAUAAGCCUUUUUGUCUAGAUAGGUAAUAAUAUAAACUUAGAUGUUUGUAAGGCGUCCGCUUCGGGGAUAUAUACGUACGAUAUAGGGAAUGGAUAUAUCAAUACAAUACAUUAAUUUCACUUUAGGCAAGUAAAAAAUGGGAUGGAAAAUAUUUACGCUGGCGCUGGCAAAGUAAGGUAACAAUUUAACAUUUUUUGGGUUAUAUUUGUUAGCCUAAAGCGGCCGGUACACUUGUAAGUUUUACUUACGUAAGUAGCGACACAGCUAUACUAUAGAGUGAGAGAUGAAUAUCAUUAUCUCAUUCUAACAAAUAGCUUUGCCCUUACUUACGUAAGUAAAACAAGUGUAUCUCAAGCCUAAGAACUAAAUAUAUAAAAGGCGUAAUCAGAAUUUUGAAAUUGGUUUUGAUCUCACGCUUAAACAUGUACUGCGACAGGGACGAAUUGAGAUUUCAUUUCGAAGGCCCAAAAAUUUCACAAUAUAUCUAAAUUUCAAUCUCAUUAUUUAUUUGUUACAUUUAUAAGCUCAAACACCAUAGUGUUGGUAAGGUUGCUGAGCUCAACGAGGGUUUUUUUUAGGGUCGGCAAUGCGCAAUUAAAUCAUCUGGAGUUGCAGGCGUACAUAGGCUACGGAGACAGCUUACCAUCAGGCGGGCCGUAUGCUUGUUUACCAACGAUGUAGUAUAAAAAAAAAACAUGUUGACGAUAGCAUGUUAUUGAUAUAUCCACAGAGGCCUAUACAGACUAGAGAUGACUGCUAGGUAAUAGCAUAUCAAGCAAUUUGCUCGGUUUUAUACGCAUACUGAUUUUAUAUAGCAGGAUAAUUUAUAUUCGGGUCUUUUCCUGUUUUUGCUUUGAGCAAAUUGAUCUUUUAAUGCAUUCAUCUUGAUGUCUGGCGGUAUUUGUCCAAUGUCAAAAUUGCGAGCGUAGAGGUCUUUCGAGCAGCGUUGGAUGGGUACAUACCGACCAACUUAUUAAAGAUCUUCGUAUUGAAUUCAGGUUAAAAAAUUCUGUCUGCAUUGGCAUAUAUCUAAGGGCCUUACGGGCAAUAAGAAUGGGGCCAGUACAGCGGUGUCACGCACACGAAUUCGAGCCCAUCGUGCAGUCUAUCGCCACAACGCGAUUGGUUGAUGAGUUCGCGUCACGCGCGCUAUUAGUCGCAACUAGUUGCGUUAGACUGAACGAUUGCCUCGAAUUCGUGAGUGACACCAUUUAACUAGCACCAUUCUUAGUGCGCGUGAGGUCCGUUAAAUAUAGUCUAUGGCUGUCUUACAUAAGUUGGCCGGCCCAGAAGUUAGCUGGUACGCUAGAUUAUGCCUAGGAUAAGACUUUUUUAAAAUAAACGUUAUUUUCUACAAUAUCCGCUUUUCCGAUCGGUGUAUGACAACUUAAAGAGUAACAUUAAUGUACGUAUUUACUAUUUAAUGAAUAGUUUGGUGGCUCCCGUUUCGUUUGUAUUCAGACCAAUUUUUCUCACUUUUACAUCGUAUUGUUGGAAUGGACUGCCAUAUUUAAUCUUACUGUAAUAAUAUAUAGUAUCUGACGUGUUGACAUGCAGUACUGGGAUUGGGCUAUCAAAUAAACUUCUAGGAAGGCCUCUUAGAGGCCGUAACUGGUUACCUGAUUUAAUAGAAAAUGGUCAGCUUUCGAGAGAAAUUACUUAUGAAAUGAGCCUUCUGCGGCCAUAUUUUAAGGAAAAUACAAGAGUCGCGGGUCAAAAUUAAGCGCAUAAUUUAUAUGUUACUAUGUGCAAAUAUAAUCUGAUAAUUCAUAUGAAUCGGCAGAUAAUCAGUAAUAAUCUUUCGUGCAACACCGGCUUACGAUACGUCGGAAAGGGAGCCCGCGAUAUCUUACCGUACAAAUCGCUCUGCCAUUUUUUACGGGGAAACGUGCACGCAGUCGCACUUCUCACUCACUACAUACAAAAUCCAUGUAAUAACGACUGAAAUACAUAGAAAAUGACACACGUCAAAGACAAAUUGCACACCUCGAUCUUUUUGUGUACGGACGAGUCACAACACGCACGUAUGCCCAGUUGGGCAUGUGCUUCGGCAGAGGGGAAAUAGUGCGAAUGCCGACUCCCUUCCCGGUGUUGCCCGAAGUUAAUGAUAGAACCCUGAACUGUUUAGCGACACUUUUUUAAAAAGGAUUUGUAUAAGUUAAUUUUUAUUUGCUAGUCCACAUCUUCGAUAUGUUAAUAUAAUUAUUCUUAGUGGUGUAAUACUAAUUAUAAUGUAUUGUGUAAAAUAUUUUUUUUUUAGUUAUUAUAUCAAUAAAUUAAAAUUUGUUUAUUU